AUGGACUCGCCGCCUCCGCCGCCAGUCGCAAGCGAGGCCUCUGGCGCAGAGUCUACAACAACUACCACCGAAACUACUCCCCAGAAGACAGCUCGCGCCCGCGCAACGUCUGCGACGACUGCCUCGCCCGCUUCGCCCGCGCGCCGCAAGAUGGCCUCGAAUCCGUCCAAGGACCCUGUUCCCCCUCGCCGGCCCACCACCGUGGUAGGCGCGGGAGCAGCCGCCCGCCGUCCAGCUGCAGCGAGCACAACGCGUACUGCAGCAACCGCCUCAAAACCGCUGUCCAGCUCAACAACACGCACUUCCGCGGCGGGAUCCAGCUUGAACAAGCCGCCGACGCGUCCUGCUCCCGGAACAGUGGUGCGAAAGCCUGCAUUGGCUUCCAAGACUGCGGCUUCAGAUGCAGAGCCAGAUCUAUCAUCUGUCACGUCAGGGGAUGAGAACAAGCGGCCUACAGCGCGUCGAACUGCGCUGGCUUCGAACGCUGCGACCAGAUCUUCCCCUGGAAAGACUGCAACCACGCGACCGACCGCUUCUGCAACGCCUACUGCAAAGCGUCCCCUGACCACGCGGCCUUCGGUAGACAGCGCUGCAGCACGAGCAACCCCCCGCGCAUCAUUGUCGUCCUCGACAAGAACAACGACUACUACACGUCCAUCCACCACUGCGGCGAGAGCAGCGCCAGCAUCAACGACCAGGGCACCUCUCUCCCAUGCGAAGAAGCCAUCUGUUACCGCUGCUCCUGCGCCGGCCCCCGCGCCAAAAAAUACUAUUUCGGAGGAGGAUACCGCGGAACUCGUGAUACCCCCUAAGAGCAACCGCCUCAAAGAACAAGCUUCUUCCGAUGCCGAGAUCGAGACCCGAAAGAACGCCCUCGGACCUGUCAAGGCUGCCCUCGCACGAUUGGGCGAACGAGAUGAGGGUCCUCGCCCCGACACGGCUCCCUCUGGCCCAGUCACCGAGGGCGAGCUGGAUGCGAAGCGACGAAGUGCACAAGUCAUGCACGAAUUCUUCAAGGAGACAAACAUGCGUGAAAAGCUCCAGGAGGAAUGCGACGACCUCAACAGGGAGGUAGAUAAACUGCAGGCAGAGCGGACAAAGCUGAAGCAGCAAUUACUCGAUGCAGAAGCAGCCGUCGCCGAGAAGGACAAAGUCAUUGCGAAUGCAGCAAAGUCAUCGGGAACAGAUCAAUCUGCGCACGCAACACUAGUGGAUGAGAUGGAGAAGAAGUUCGCUUCGGAGACCAAGGAGCUGGAGCAGCAAAGCCAGAAGUUGCAGGAAGAAAAGCUUGCUGCUCAGAAAAAGGAGCUAGAGGAGACGGAGCGCGCCACCGAGCUCCAACAGAUACUGAGCCAGCUCAACGAGGACCUGGAGAAGCAGGGCGCCGAAUGGGAUGCUGAAAAGAAGAAGCUCGUCGAACAACAAACGCAGAUUGAGGCCUUGACAACCGAGGUGGCCGCGCUGCGAGACGAGCGAGACACGCUGAGACAGCAAUUCAGGGAUGCCCAAGCCACUUUGGAAUCCUUGCAAACAAAGCUUGCGGAGGUCGAGCAAAGCCGCACAGACGAGCUCAAGUCACGCGAUGAGCAGAUCAAUGAGCUUUCCCAGUCCGUGAAAGACCUGCAAGCCGAACUUUCUACGGCAGAAAGCAAACACAACGAAGCUUUGGCAGAAGCGCAGCAAUCCCUUGAAUCAAAAUCUUCCGAGUCGUCCAAGCUUGUGGAAGAACUUCAGGCCAAGGUGGAGUCCCUAUCCCAGGAACACACCGACGAAUUGCGACAAAAGGACGAGGUCAUCCAAACCCACGAGCAGGCGAGCAAGGAACUGCGGGAGCUCACCGAACAGCUCCAAGAGCGUGCCGAUCAGACCACCGCUGAAUUGGAGAAGGCUCGCAGCGAACACAGCGAAGCGAUCAACAAUAAGGUGACUGAAUUGCAGAAGAGCCACGAGGAAGCGCUGCAGAGUAAGGAGGGUGAGGUUUCUCGUCAUCUGGAGGCUGUUGACGGCCUCCAAGAACAAAUCAAAAACCUACAACAAGGCGAGACCGAUGGAGCCAAGCUUGCCACUGAGCUUAACAAGCAAAUCGAAGAGUUGAGGCAGUCACAUGAAGAAGCUCUGAAGAUCAAGUCAGAUGAGAACGAUGAGCUUGUCAAGCAACUGGAUGCCAUCAAUGAUCAGCUGAGCGGUGAUGCGGCAGAGAUUGAAAAGUUUAAGGAUGAAAAUGAGGGAUUCCGCAAGACUAUCCAGACGCUGGAACAAGUAUCGGAGCAGGAGAGUCAACAGCACGAGGCCGCGCUCUUGAAGGUCCAAUCUGAGUUGCAAGAGGCGAAUCAAAAGGUCGAGUCGCUGCGAUCAGAGAUCGAAGCCACGCAGGAACGGGCCAGGAAGGACUUGCUCACCCUAGGUGAGGACCACGAUGCCGAGAUUGAUUCGCUUCGAGCAGACCUGGAAGGAGACGCCAAAAACCGCCUCGACGAGCUACAGGCUAAGUACGAUGCUCUUGUAGCCGACAAGAAUGCUACCUUGGAGCAGCACGAGAAGACCCUCGCUGAAAGGGCCUCGGCGCUAGAUGCUGCAAACCAAGAAUUAGCCACCCUCAAAGAAAAUUCCGGUUCCGCCUCGCAAGAGCUCACCGAUGCGCUAUCGCGACAAACGCAACUUGAGCAGGAGAAGCUUGCUAUCGAGGAGGCCCACGCUGCCUCCCAGCAAUCGCUUGUGGACCUACAGGCGCAACUGGAAAAGCUGGCUGAGGAAAAGUCUUCCGCCGAAGAGGCUCACUCAUCAUCCCAGAAGCUCAUCACGGACCUCCAAGCGCGCCAUGACACGCUUAUCGAAGAGAAGUCUGCCGCCGAGGAGGCCCAUCAAACGUCCCAACAUCUCAUUACCGACCUCCAAGCGCGCCAUGAUAGCCUGCUCGAAGAGAAGACCACUGCUGAAGAUGCACACAGUCGCGCCAUUGAUGCCCUGAAGCAGGAAUCCGACAGUGCGUCAAAGCAGCUCUUAGGCGAGUUGCAGGAGAAGUACAAUGCACUCUUGGACGAGCAGAACAACAUUCAGGGAGCACACGAGAACGAACUGCAGAAGCUUACAGGCGAGCGCGACGCACUCACUGCUCAGCUUGCUGAUCUCGAGAAAAAGCACGACGCAGUCAUCUCUGAGAACCUUGCCGAUGGAGAAGCGCAUGACACGGCGCUGACCCAACAGCGAGCGGAAAUCGAAGAAGCGCAUAAUAAGGCUCUGACUGAGCUCCAGGUAGAGAUCGGGAAGAAGUUCGAGUCGCUGCUCGAGGCUCUGCAGUCCGAUCUAGCUGCUAUGGAGCAACAGAAGAAAGCAGCCGUGGAAGAGAAGCAAUCAGUGUUGGAAGAGCUGACUGCGCUCAAGAAAGACCUAUCUUCGUACGACGAGUCUGCCCAAUCCAAUCUGGCAGAACUCACCGAGAAAUACGAAGCUCUCGCACGCGAAAAAGCAGCCGCCGAUGCUGACCGUGAAGCUGCCAACGCUGAUCAUGAAGCCGCCAUAGCUUCAUUGCGCGACUCCUUGAUGAAUGAGCACGAUAAGGUCGCUUCCGAGCUUCAGGAGCAAUGCAACACUCUCCAGGCUAAGCUUACGCAAGUCGACCAGGAGCACAGUGACGCCAUCGCGUUGCUGAAGGAAGAGCUGAGUGAAGGCCAUUCCAACGACCUGACAAACCUUAAGAAGACGCUUGAAGACCUGCAGCUCAAGCACAACGACCUCGCCGAGCAGAAGCAAACUAUGGAGAGUGCUCACGAAGACGCCAUUGGGGAGCUUAUGGUCGGCAUGGAAGCAAGCAUGAACGAUGCAGUGCAACAACUUCAGAAGAAGUACGAUGCGCUUGUCAGUCAACUCGAAACCACCAAGCUCAGCCAUGCUGAGGAGCUUGAGCUUGCGAAGAAGAGCAGUAAUGAGUCAGAAACCUUGUUUGAGGAACUGCAAUCGCGCCAUGCCGCAGAACUUGAGGAGGUGAAGAAGAAUGGAUCAAAGCACCAAAGCUUACUCCAAGAAUUGCAGUCCCGCCACGACACGCUUUCGGCUAAGGCUACCUCCGACAGCGAAGGCCACACUCAAGAAGUCAGCCGCCUUCAAGAACUCGUCAAAAAGCUAGAGACCGACCACGAGAAAGCCGUCAAAGCAGCACAGACCGCCGAAGACAACAUCGAGCAAAUGAAAGUCCACGUCGUAGAAAAGUACCUCGCCAAGGUUGACCCCCUCGAACGCGAAAACACCCAACUCAGAGACAAAGUCGAGCGCCUGCAAGCCAUUUUGCACGCUGGCGAUAGAGUCGCCCGCGCAGCAGCCACCAUGGGUGAGAAGCGCGAGAUUAAUACGCUGGCCGAAGAAGACGAGGAAGAGACCGAAGAGCAGUUCACUUCGGGUGCGGAGUCGGCGAAGGCAUCUUCGCCUCCGAGAGAGGUGCUUGGAACACAGUUGGCGGCCAUGCAGGAGACACUUUCUCAGCUGUCCGAGUUGAAUAACGAUGCUAUUUCUGAGAGCUCGAGGACGGCGAAGAAGCUCACGGAUGAAGAUUGGGUGGCUGUUGAUGAGAAGUCCGGCGAGUCAAGCAGCAACUAG